AUGGAUUAUUAUUCAUUAAAAUGGAUUUUUUUCAUACUUCUCCCAGAAGUAACACAAAGUCUUAUCAAAACUUUACCAGGUGUACAAAAUAAAUUAUUAGCAGGUGUCACAUUUGAACAAUUAAAUGGUAAAGGAAAGAUGUGGAUCGGUCCACCAAUACCUCCUCCAUUCUGCUUCCCACCAUCACAGAUGCCAAGAGCACCAGCGGUACCAGAAGCAACACAAACAUCAACAUCAGCACCUUCAGGAAAAGCACCGGAACAAUCACCAUCAGCAGCAGUACCAGUAAUGUCAUAUCCAUUCCAAGCUAAAACUUGGUGGUGUCCAUCUAUGUAUCAACAGCAAACACCAAUGCCUCCACUGCAAUAUUCACAAAUCCCGCAAUAUCCGCAAUAUCUACAAACUGUUCAUCUACCAUUACCACCGCAAUACCAACAAAUUAUUCAACCGCCACUACCACAAUACCAGCAAUCACUACCACAAUACCAGCAACCACUACCACAAUACCAACAACCACCACCGCAAUACCAACAAAUUGCUCAGCUAUCACCGCAAUAUCCUCAACAACCGAUUAAUGGUGCAGGAAUGGUUGGAUCAUCUUUAUAUGGAAUGAUUGGAGAAGAUUCCGAUUCGACUCUAAAAGCAUACGAUCAUUUUCAAAUGAUUUUCGCGUAA